CCACUAUCUUCUUCUUCGUUGGAGUGGACGGGAUUGCAGCUUCGACCGCGUCCUUCUCCUCGGCGACGCUUGUGUCGUGUGUCGUGGAUUGUUUGUUAUUGAUAUGCAUUGCUGUUCUUGAAUUUCCAUUAUGCGCAGUGGUGCUCUGUAUUUUAAUUACAUAAUUGCCCCAGCAUUCUAUUCCUUCCUCCACUCCAGCGCUCGCAUGCCUUAACAGAGCUGUCUACUGUUGCAGUUGUUCACUUGUGGCUAUGGAGGGGUUAGCGCGCCCUUUCUUCUCAUUUCUCUCCUCUACUACCGCCGUACAAUCUAUCCGCACCGCUUCUGUGCGAGUGCGUGCGCUCCCAUCUCCUCUUCCCCCUCCUCUGCAGUCUAAUGUUGAAGGAGACCUGGACCGUCCUCGAUAUACCGGCAAUGACCCUCUCUCACGCUUCGUCAGCUCGCUCAUAGCCAUUAAGCCCCUGUUUGAUGUCAUGAAGCUUGUUGCCCGCCAGGUCUUCAUCAGGACUGCCGAGAAAAAUGGCGUCGACUGGAGGGGGAUGGCGAACGAAAUUCUGGCGUCAGAUGUUUAUGUGGAGAAGGAGUUGCUUGAGAACAAGUCCCUGGUGUAUCCUGAUUAUUAUUUAAAGGAGUUUCAUGCUUAUGAGGAGGGCAAUCUAUCGUGGGAGGCUGCCAGCGAGGUUGCACCGGCAACACUGAGCAUGAUGCUCCGUACUACUCCUACUGCUAAAUCUGCGGCCGAGGCUACUCAAGUACUGCGCAGCGCCUGGUUGCAGGCAAUCAGCAGUCAUCAUCAGAUGUAUUCCGGUGGGCAAGGAGUCUCUUCAGUUCUUGAUAUCGGCUGCUCUAUUGGCGACAGUACACGGGAACUGGCUGACUGGUUUCCUGAUGCUCAUGUCACAGGUCUAGAUUUGUCGCCCUACUUUUUAGCUGUGGCUCAAUACAUGGAGAAACAGAGGAUCUCCAGCGGGCUUGGAAGACGCAGACCAAUAAGUUGGGUACAUGCAAAUGGAGAGUGCACGGGCUUGCCAAGUUCAUCUUUUGAUGUGGUUUCGCUUGCCUUCGUGAUUCAUGAAUGUCCUCAACAUGCUAUUAGAGGUUUACUGAAGGAGGCUCUCAGAUUAUUGAAACCCGGAGGAACCGUGUCGCUAACUGACAACUCGCCCAAAUCGAAGGUCCUUCAGAAUUUGCCACCUGCAAUAUUUACUCUAAUGAAGUCUACGGAGCCCUGGAUGGAUGAGUACUUCACUUUUGACUUGGAAGGUGAAAUGGAGAAGAUUGGGUUCAUGAAUGUCAAUUCAAUUAUGACAAAUCCACGACACCGUACUGUCACAGGCACUGCUCCUUAGGAAUGCCGGCAGAUGGCUUAGAAGAUUUUAGUAUAUGAAUUGUUAAAGGGCAUUUUGGAGAAUCCAUGGCCACUUUUUUACUAGAUCGAAGUUCCAAGCUCCAAGAGCAAGAUGAAUUAAGUUCUUUUUGAUAUCAGUUGUAACAUUUGCACUCAAAUUUUGAUAGCUAAUGGUAAUAGACAUAGUAAUCCGAUCUAAAGGUCCUUGAUUUGUUUUAAUAAUGACUGUAAAACUUACUUCGAUCAAAAGCUUGUUUCCAAUUGGAUUUA